UGUAAAGUAGACAGAAAGACAGAGAGGGUGGGACAGGGAGGAAAUAGUACAGUUGGAGGAGGGAAAAGAGGCAGAGAUUAUGCGAUCAAGCAAGCCGGAGGCUUGUCUGGGGUGUGGACUUUAAAAAGAGGGCAGGGUAAAAGUGGGCGGAUAGGCACUUUCUAGUGUUUGUGCAUUUAGACUCUGAGAGUCUAGAAUCUGAAAUUAGUAUCCCUGAGAGCAGGAGGAAUUAAACUUGAAGAGACAAAAAGCCAUCAAACACACAGUCAUCAUGCUGAUUCUCCUGGCUGCCAUCUUUGUCCUUCACAUCAUAGGCAUCAUCCUCCUCCUGGUGGCCACCAUUGACAAUGCCUGGUGGAUGACUGACAGCAUCUCCACGGAUGUGUGGGCCCGGUGGAUACAGCAGAACGGAGUGUGGAACUACACUGACCUUCCCAUAGGCUCACACUACCCACAGGAUUACCUCCAGGCAGUGCAGGCCAGCUCUGUGCUCGCUUGUAUAUUCUCCAUCCUGGGCAUCUUUGUGUUUGUGGCUCAGCUCUUCACCCUCAGCAAAGGACAGAGGUUCACCAUCUCUGGCAUCUUUCAACUCCUUGCCUGCCUGUGCAUCAUGAUCGCAGCCUCCAUCUACACAGACCGCUUCCACCUCGAUGAGGGUAAUUCUGGUUGGUACGGUCACUGCUACAUCCUGGCGUGGAUCGCCUUCGCUCUCACGUUCAUCUCCUCCAUCACUUACUUUGUGUUACGCAAGAAGACUGCGUGAGAAGGACACUAGAGCUAGCUCCAACCAGCCCAAAACCUUUGGCUGGAUCUACUCUUUCAGCUAAAAUCUGGUUUUAGUCACAGAUGGGUUAGUGUUUGUAUUUUCCUGUUUCGGACAUCAGAUUUGAGCUGCUAGUGUAUAUUCAGCUACAGAUAAAGCAGACCUGUUGAUCCACUCAAAUGCAUACUAGUGUUUAAUUGAGUCUGCUGUCAGAUAGUCAGGGUUUCACACUUUGUGGAGUGCUUUGGAUAUUUCUGCAGUAAAAGGCAAGCUCAAUCAAUCACAGUUGCAUCUGAGUGUAUUUCUUGAGGGCAUCUAAUGCAUAUAAGAUGCUAUGAUAAAAUAAGAUCUAUCAAUAUUUCUGACUUAUAACAAAAGCAGGUUGAAGAGUAAAAUCUGUGGUCUUUUUUUUGUAAUGUACAUUUAUAUAUGGAUAUGAGUGUUGGAUAAAAAGGGGCAAGUCUAUGAUUUUAGUUUAUUGUUUUAUUGUUAUUUUAUUGUCAGUUCAUCAGUUUUUGUUUCAUAUAUCUGCUCUGGUUUUACUUUGUAUAAUGUGCCACUAAUUAAACAGAGUGUAACUACAACACAAUGACAUUGAUUUUCAAAGUACUUGGCAAUGCUGUGCCGUUUUGAAGUCUUAAAAGUCUUAAAAAAUCCACUGAUAUGUCACCUCUUGUAGAUUUGUGUGUGAUCUAAUGAUAAGAUUAUGCAAUGAUCAAGCCAGUUUAAGUGUACAAUACCAUAUCAUAUACGUACUCAACACUGUAAUGGCUGUCGGCCUGCCCAGAAACUCUUACACUACAUUAUUGUAUUGACAGUUGAUAUAAAGCUUUUUUUUUUCUUUUUUUUUUAAAUAAGUCAGAGUAAUGAACCCCACAGUAGUGAAAUUUAAAUACAUUUAUGUUUGGGCCAUUCUAAAUACAGCAAACACAACAAAAUUUUGAGAUACACUCACCUAAUAUGUAUGAAACUAUAGAUAAAUAAACUAAUCAAAUAUCUUGUCUCACUGUAAAUCCAACUAUGUACCAGUAAUAAAUCACAUCUUCACAACCUUUUAUAUACUUUUACUCUUUGUCAAAUCAGCUGUUUCCACCUGGUGUGACAGAAAGGCAACUGCCUUGACUCUUAAAGCAUGAGAUAUAAUGUGUAAAUAUGUUUUGUUUCCCAUAAUGCUCAGUUUAUCUAAUGCUGUUUUAUUUUUGCUACCAUUAUUUCUCAUUAUGGAUGACAAUGACUUUUACAAUAUUAAAACUUGAUUUUCGACCAAUUAUUGAAGUUAUUUUUUGUUUCUUCUCCAUUGGUCACAAUUAAGAGUAAAGAGUAGUUGUGCGUUUGUUCAAUUAUGUUCUAUUGGCUACUUUGUUGAUAGCAUGAUUUAUUUUCACUUGUGUUGCAGACAAAAAGCAGUGAAAUGUUUCAAACAGCCACAAGUCUGAUGAUCAAAUGUAUUUCAAUUUUGUGCCAAAACAAGAUCUCUACUGUUUAAAUUAUGAAACUGCACAUUUCUAUAUACACAAAUGUGAUUUUUUUCUAAAUACAGCAUAUGAAGUAUUUCUGUACUAUGUUCAGUUUACAAAACAAUGGUUGUCAUUAACAGGUGCACAAUAAACUUUAUACUUUC